UAACUUCCAAAGUGAACCAACUGUUGGUUUGUGUUUGAAUAUUAGAUUUUGCAUUAUGAAUACGAUUGCUUAUGAGUUGAAUGAUGGCAGUUGUUGCAGUUGCUUAGUGGGUCAAAACUAGAAACUGGCUGUGAAGACCUUGUGAUCUGAUAUUUAUAGUAUGUGUGUGUCUGUGAGGGCGGGAUAUAAAUAGCCCCAGUAUGUGUGGCUGCUAAGGAGCCCCUUGGCUAUAUUGGUGUUAAAACUACACAGAGAGCAGCUUUUUGACUGAAGCUGUCUGUCCUCAGAGUAACCCCUUCGGCACUGGCUCUUUUUACACUUGUCAGAUGAGCAUGGAAACAGAAGAUGACUUUUAUCAGUCAGAGGAAGACUUGGAUGAAGAUGAGGCAACGCAAUAUAUUAUUGAACAAAGUAUAAUUCAGUAUAGAAAGCUAAAAGGAUUAAAUCCAAGUGAUCUGAAACCCUGUGAAGACCCUGAUGAGAUUUUUAAAGCAAUUAAGGAGGGUGAUGAGGAUGCCCUGAACAGACUUGCAGCCCAACCAGAGACUCUGUCCAGAGUUGAUACACGGGGAUGGAUCCCGCUGCAUGAGGCUGCAGCACAGCAGAAUAAGAAGGUGCUAGAGAUGAUCUUUUCAGCAUCACCCCCGGGCGCAGCCCAGUGUCGCACUCUGAAGGGUGAGACGCCACUGUUUUUAGCUGUGGUCCACGGGCUCAGAGAGAAUGCUACAUUCCUGUUACAGAAUGGCAGCAACCCAGAUCUCCAGAAUGACGAGCAGGAUUCUCCAUUAGUGGCAGCUAUUCUAAAUGAUCAGUAUGAUUUGGCCACACUGUUGCUUCGUUACAAUGCCAAAAUAGACCAAACCGGACCACUGAACAGGACAGCUCUACAUGAGUCCGCGUUUUUAGGCUUGGAGAAUUUUGUGUAUCUGCUCUUAGAGUCUGGUGCUAAUCCAAAUGCAUGUGAUGUUAAAAAGAAAACUCCACUGGCUCUGGCUGCACAGAAUGGACAUCUAAAUGUGGUGGAGGUUCUGUUACAGAAAGGUGCACAGGUGUGGUGUGAAUCGGAGUCAGGUACGAUUUUGUUUGAUGCAGCGGCAUCAGGAAAUCCUGACAUAAUCUCCUCGCUGCUGGAACACGGUGCAGAUCCAAACGUACCCCUUUAUAGUGGGCACCUGCCAAUUCACCGAGUGGCAUACCAUGGACACAGACUGGCACUGGAACACCUCAUCCCAGUGACUAAGCUGCAUGCUGUAAAGGAAAGUGGGAUGAGUCCUCUCCAUUCUGCAGCUGCUGGGGGACACGCCCAGUGUGUGGAGAUACUGCUCAAAACUGGCUACGAUCCAAACUUCAUGCUGCACCCAAGGAUCCGCCGCAACUAUGAUGAUGACCGCAAGUCUGCCCUCUUUUUUGCUGUGUCCAACAAUGACCUCCAGUGCACCCGCUUACUGUUAGAGGCCGGGGCUCUCGUGAACCAGGAUCCCAUCAACUGUCUACAGGUGGCUCUGAGACAGGGCAAUUAUGAACUGAUCAACAUCUUGCUGAAGUAUGGGGCAAAUGUCAACUACUACUCCCGUGUCAACACCACUCAUUUCCCCUCAGCGCUGCAGUAUGCCUUAAAAGAUGAGGUUAUGCUGAGAAUGAUCCUGAACCAUGGUUAUGACGUGAAGCGCUGCUUUGACUGUCCAUAUGGUGACAGUUCCCAUGAUUACACUGCUUGGACGACGUCAGUCAUUAAAGACAUGGUGUUCUGCGAGGUGAUAACAGUAUCCUGGCUGAAGCACUUAUCUGCCCAGGUGGUGCGCAUCAUGCUUGACUACACUGACCACGUCUCCUUCUGCACCAAACUAAAAGACACACUGCAGGAGCAGAAACAGUGGCCAGAAAUCUGCCACAUUCAAAGAAAUGUGCGGAGCCUGAAGCACCUGUGUCGCCUGCGGAUAAGGGAGCACCUCAGAUGCCUGCGUUUGAGAGCACCAGCUUUUAUCAACUUCCUUCCUCUUCCUCCCAGGCUGAAAGAUUAUCUGCGCUACAAGGAGUUUGACAUUUACAGCAGGGGCAGUAUGAUUAUCCCCUGAUGAAAACAUAUUUAUAGAUAUCAAAGAUGUAACUGUUUUAUAGAAAGCUUCCUACCUUAUUAUUAUUAUGUGUGAUUAAAAUUACCCUAAAAUUACUAUGAGAGCAGUGGGACAUUGGUGGGUAACAGUUUGUUUGCAGAUGACAUGGUGAUCUGUAGUGAGAGGAGGGAGCUGGUGGAAGAGAACCUGCAGAGGUGGAAUAUGCGCUGGACAGAGGAUGAAUGAAAGUCAGUAGAAGCAAGACGGAGUACAUGCGUCUAAAUGAGAGGGAGCCAGGUGAAAAGGUGAAGAUGUCAGAAGUAGAGGUAGUGAAGGUUAGAUGAGUUUAAACACCUGAGGUCAACCAUCCAAAGCAACGGACAGAGUACAAAAGAGGUGAAGAAGAGAGUGUAGUAGGGUGAAGAUGAGUGUCAAGGCUGAUUUGUGACAGAAGGAUAGCAGCAAGAGUGCAAGAUAAAUGGUGGAGACAUUGACAAAAAACACAGGAGGCCGAAUGGAGGUGGCAGAGUCUAAAAUUUUUGAUGGGAAUGACCAGGAUUAGUACAAGAUUAGGAAUUAGUAUAUUAGAGGGACAGCUCAGGUCGAGUGGUUUGGAGACAAAUUUUCAAAGGCUGACAUUGUUUGUACAUGUGCAGAAGAAGGAUAGUGGAUACACUGGACAAAGGAAUCUGAAUAUGUUAGCAUCCAGCCAGAAGUCAAAGAGGAAGACUGCAGAGAAGGGUCAUGGAUGUAGUGAAGGAGGACAAGCAGAGGGUUGGUGUGAUCCAC